UAACACGACCGUGCAGACAUGUCAUGUUCGGUUGUCGCGUCCGCUGAAAACGAUAAAACGUUACACAUACGUAUAAUAUUAGUAUAAACAAUAUCGUCUUCGUCUUAGGUACCACAGCGGUGCUCAGUGCUCACUAGCCGAAAAGCGUCGUCCGGGCCUCUUCGAAGUACCCGGCAGACGAACCAUGGACAAACGGGCCAAGUUCACCGUCUGCGCCGCCGGCAUAUUCGUGUGCUAUUUCUUCUACGGGAUACUCCAGGAGAAGAUCACACGGGGCACGUACGGCACGCAGGGCGAAAAGUUCACCUACUCGCUGUCGCUGGUGUUCGUGCAGUGCGUGGUCAACUAUGCGUUCGCGAGGCUCGUGCUCAAAGCUUUCCCCGAAGAGAGCCCCGACACGACGAAAUCGGCGUACUACGCCGUCAGCGCGGUCACGUACUUGCUGGCAAUGAUCUUCAGCAACAUGGCGCUGCAAUGGGUCAACUAUCCCACUCAGGUAGUGGCCAAGUCCGGAAAGCCCAUACCGGUCAUGAUUUUGGGUGUGCUGUUGGGACGCAAAUCUUAUCCGUUGAAAAAGUAUCUGUUUGUACUGCUCGUUGUCAUUGGAGUAGCUUUGUUCAUGUUCAAAGACGGCAAGUCUAAUUCGUCACAGGCAGAUUCUUCUCUGUUGGGACUCGGAGAAAUACUGUUAAUAUUGUCAUUGACAAUGGAUGGUGUAACCGGAGCUGUUCAAGAGCGAAUGCGUAGUGAAUCAAAGACAAAAUCUGGGCAUAUGAUGGUCAACAUGAACUUGUGGUCAAUGAUGUUUUUGAGUGUUGCACUUAUUGGCACUGGUCAAAUAUUUGACUUUAUAAGCUUUGUACAGCGUUACCCACAAAUGUUAGUACAACUACUGUUAUUCUCAGCAUUUAGUGCACUUGGGCAAUUCUUUAUAUUUUGGACUGUAAGUGAUUUUGGACCUUUACCAUGCUCAAUUGUAACAACGACGAGAAAAUUCUUUACUGUACUUGCAUCAGUUAUAUUUUUUGGAAAUCCAAUGUUAACUAGACAAUGGAUUGCUACUAUUAUAGUAUUUGUUGGAUUAUUCUUGGAUAGUUUCUAUGGUAAGCAACCUGCCAAAAGUAAAUGAUUUAAACAUUCAUUUAUAAUUGAAAGUAUUGUUUAUAAUAUUUUAUGUGUGAUUGCUUUUGAUAAAAGUAUGUUGGAUUAAUUACAAUAACUUUGUUAUUGCAUUAAUUUUAAUAAAAACAACUCAUUUAUUUUUUGAACUAAGAAUUGAGAAAUAGUUCUGUGAUAUUAUGACAUUAAAUACAAAAAAUUAUAUUUUUUUUUGAGAAAUUAAUGACUCCACUGUCUCAUAUUAAUUAACUAAGACAUUCACCAAAACAUUGUUAUUUUUACCCUCUUCCAAAUCAAGGUUAAGAGUUAAUCUGAAUUAUUUGUUUAAAAUAUUCAAUAUAAAUCCUAUUUUAUUUUUGUUUUAUUUAUUAUUAUAUUAUAUUGUUAUAAUUGUACAUUUUAAAAUAUACAUACUUCAAUUACAGA